AUGUUAUCCAGGGUUCUCAAAUCGGCGAAGAAUUUGCUCUACGUCCCACCAGCUGAAACACAGGAAGAUUCUACGCUUCAGUUGAGCCCCGUCGUCGUCGUCGAUCCAAUGGUUGUGACACGCCUACAGAGCGGCGAUCUGCCGGCGAACAAAACCCGCGAUGCUGCUGAUCUUGGGAACUCUCAAAGCCCACGAGUGCGAACACCGAAAAGGAAACCUAGGGUGAUCGCCGGAUCUGGCAGUAUUGAGGACGAUAGCUAUAGGUCCAGUGCCUCCAAGAAAAGAAAGAUUGAGAGGCAGGAACCAACUAAAGCGGAUUUGGAGAUACGCACUAAAAGUUCUCGCCCCGUGGUGGAGAUACCUGCCAUGGCUCCCAUUCCGGCGUCAGAGCUCAGCGGCUCGGACGAAGUCGUAGUGGAUGAACAGGGUGCGCUGGAGGAGGACUCAGAUGGUGGAAACGACGAACCCACUUCGCACGUUGAGGCAGAUGAGGGUCUUAGUGAAGGCGAUGAGGACGAAUCGCCAGAGGAGGAAGAUACGCACCAUGGUGAAGAUGAUGUAGGCCGAGAAGAGCUAGAACAGGAAGAGGAGGACGAGGAAGAGGGUGACGAGGACGAGGACGAGGAAGAGCAUCCCCAAUCCAUAGAUACUAGCUCCCGUCCGCCACUUAAGUCUCGCCAACCCGACGACCUCGCAGGCCUUCUUCCCCUUGAACUCCUAGAAGACGACGAUAUCUCGACCGCGCCGCGGUCUCAGGAGGUGCAACCUCAAGCAAAAAGAAUAAAAUUCACGGACCUAGUUGAAAAGAUGCCAAAGGAUCGUCGAAUCGGGUCCACAAUGUACAGAAUAACAAAGGCCCGCAAUGUACAGUUAGCUCCAAGAGCAUCCUCGCAAUCCCGAAACAUCAAAGAUGCUUGGAUGCGAGGUCAGACGGGGAAGAACCGAAGAAAGAACCGGAAACCGUUUUCCAAAGGAUUCCUGGUACCUAAGAAAUAG